UGUUGUUAGUUUGAACAAAAUGGCUGCGAGACCACUGUCAACGAGAGCUCACUGAACGCCUACCAUGACUGUCCGCUCCGCUGUCUGGAUCCACACAGAAUGUAUUCUCCCGGAGUCGUUUCUCACUUUGCAUUCGCGGUAGCCAGCCCGUCGCUAGUCGUCCAGCUGGCGACCUAAACAACAACAACAACAACAACAACAAAAACAACAAAACCAUUUCUUUUGCACUUUAAAACAAGUUGGCCGGCGAUUUUUGACGAAAACUGCCUGAUUUCUCUGGCUUGCUAAACCUCGCAACGGUCGACGACUUACAACGUCAACCAGCUAACGUUAGCUAACACAAUUUAGCUGCUUUUACAAGUCAUUUUUUUAUUCGUAUUCGUUUUUUUGUUUUUGCUGUUAGUUGUGCUUCAUUCCCCCUCCCCGCCCCUCGCUAUAUCGUGACGUUUUAACAAACUAUUUUUUUGGCGAGUGUAAUUUCACGGCAUGUUUUUUUUAAAUGUUUUUGCUCAAAGCAUAAAUUACCGUAUUUGCUGUGUGUUUAUCUGGCUGAGUAGCCGUUGUUUACCUCGGUAUCUUGUCACCAAGCUGCUUCAGCGGCAGUCGGCUUAUCUGCCAAGUCUGACUUCAAUUGCGACUGAAUCUCUGCUCCAUCUCUUAACGGGUAACUUUAGAAAAGACAUCGGAGAAUGCUUUUUUUCUGCAUAUUUUUUUCUGCCAUGCACCGACUCUUCACUGAAAGCUGCCAAAGCUGUGGUUAACGCAAGGUCGGACAGCUGAGAGAAGCUAGCAACAGAAGAAAGAGAACCAUUUGAUGGAAGAAAAGAAAAAGAAAAAACAAGAAGAAAAGACCAAGAAGGACGUCGCUCAGAAAAAGGCUGCUGAUCAGAAACCCAAAGUGCCAGAGCCUGCUCCCACUAAGCCCAGUCCCGGCCCACCCUACCACCUCCACCCCGCCAGCCCCACGCUGCCCCUCUCCUCCUCCUCCUCCUCCUCCUCUUCUUCUGGCAAUGGCAAGCGUGCCUCCUCCAAUAGCCAGCUCCCGACUCAGACUCCCCCUCAGCAGCAGCAGCAGCAGCAGUGCCAGUCGUCCUCUGCCAGUGCUCGCUACCCGCCCAGAGAGGUGCCCCCGCGCUUCCGCCAGCAGGAGCACAAGCAGCUACUGAAGAGAGGCCAGCCACUGCCUGCAGGAGCCCUCAGCGCUCUCACCCUCUCCUCCUCCUCCUCCUCUUCUUCCUCCUCUGCGCCCUCGUCGUCUUACUCUUCUUCUUCUACGAGUACCAGCAGCGCUACCCCAAACUCUGCCGUGUCCGCUGUGGGCAAACGCCACCCAGACAUAUCCCUCCAGAGUGGCCCUGGUGCCCAGUAUGAGACCUCUCAUUGGGGCGCCUCUUUACCAGUUGACAGCCCCUCCAGUGCCAACAGCUGGGACAAAGUGAUUAUUGACGGAAGUGACACAGAAGCUUGGCCCUCCAUCAGCCGCAGUAGUGACCCCAGCCACCCUGCAGCAACAGAAUGCCCCUUGGGCUCAGCUAGUUCCAACCCAGACACCAGUGCUGUCACUACCACCAGUAGUAGUAGUUUUCUGAGUAUGGCCACAGGUGCCACAGGCCAGCAGGCCCACUACGCCUCUCUCAAAUCUAACAAUAACAUGAUGACAGGACCUGGGUCAGCCAACACAUUAGCUGGGAACAGAGGCUGGGUCUCAGAUGCAAAACAAGAUGGUAUGAAUGGUGGCCGUGUAGGAGCGCCCAGUAACUGGGGCUCUCCCAAUUUUAACUUGAACCUCAAUCCUAAUGCCAACCCAUCAGCUUGGCCUGUUCUGGGCCAUGAGGGUGGUGGAGGUGGUGGUAUUGGCCCUAAUGGGGUGUCCAACUCAUCAUCCCUUCCACCAGGUAUUAAUGGCAAUGGAAAUAUGGGAAAUGGGACCCUGGGAGGUGCGGAUACGAGUGGAGGAGGUUGGGGUGGCAUGAUAAGUGCUAAUGAAAGUGAUAAGCAGCACCCUUCAACCAACACAAGCUUGUCCUUCAAUAUGGAACCUGCUAACCUUAACACUGACGGACCAAACCACACUAAGCAACAGCAGCAAGCUCAGGAGCCUAUGAGCCCUAUCCAUGGGUUAACUGGCUGGGGAGGCCAGUCACCCACUGAAUCAUCCCAGCUCAAUGGGGACACAAAAGGCAGCUCUGUAUGGGGUAGUGGAGAAAAUAAGGCAGCUGACUCCCCCAAAGACUCAGGCUGGGACUCAGCUCCUUCUGGAGGCCUCUCUGCCUGGGGUCGCCAAGGCAGUGGUGGUGGUGGGAGUAGUGGAAGUGGUGGCUGGGGUGACUGGGGAAAAUGCUCUGGUGGUGGUGGAGAUACAUCUAAAGGCUGGGACUCAGUAGAUGCUGGUAGUUCUGGUUCAGGCCAAGAGCCGCAACUUAACUCAUGGGGCCAGCAGCCUGGAACAGCCCCAGCAAGUGAGGGUAGUGGGGACAGCAGUGAAGGUCGAUCCCACCACAGAGACAGGUCUUCAAGCAUGGAUUUUACCCCUGUGCUACCCCGACAGGACCUGGACCCAAGGGUGCUGAGUAACUCGGGUUGGGGACAGACCCCCAUCCGACAGCACACCGUAUGGGAGAUGGAAGAAGCCAACUCUGAUGAUGUGAAGAGCAACAGCAGCUCGGACACCUUAGGAAGCUCAAGCUCUAAUGGUGGACCAUCAGCCACCAAUGGAGGUACCAUAAACCCUAACAUUGGCCCCAGUCAGAGGCCUGGGUCUGGAGGAAAAAAUGACAGUGAAGGAUCAUCAUCCUCUGGCUGGGGAGCCCCUCCACUUCAGUCAAUCCAGACUGGAUCAGGAUGGGGGGACCCCCCACAGUCACUCAACAAAGCCUCAAAUGGCACCACCAGUGGCUGGGGCGACCCUUUGCCUACCAAUGGUCCUAAAAGUGCAGGCACACCAUCCUGGGGAUCUGAGGACAAGUCACCCAACUGGGAUGAUGGUCUGACAAAAAGCCAGCCUACUAACUGGGGAGAGGGUCCCAAAAGCUCCCAUGGUUGGGGCAACAGUAAUGGGGGCUCCAAUAGCUCCAGCACAAGGGACUGGGGAGAAGCAGAAGUCAAGAACAAUGGGUCCUCCAGCAGCAUGUGGGAAGGAGAAGGAGGAAAUGGAGGAAGUGGUGGGUGGAAGGAAAGCCCCAGAGGAGGAACUAGAGGAGGAGGCUGGGGUAAGCCUGCUUCUGCUGUGAGUAAUAGCAGCUGGGGGGAGACCCCACGUGCCAAUGGCCCAGUGCAGGGAGGCUGGGGCUCCUCCAAGCCCCAGGAGAGCAGCAGCAGUAGCACCGGCAGUGGAGGAGGUGGCAGCAUUGGUUCUUGGGGUGGUCCUGGUUCUGUGAAGCAGAACACCUCUAGCUGGAGCAGUGUCAACAAACAGGACCAGGGUAUGGAGCCCACUGGCUGGGAAGAGCCCUCCCCUCCCUCCAUCCGCAGGAAGAUGGAGAUUGACGAUGGAACGUCCACCUGGGGCGAUCCCAACGCCUACAACAAGACUGUCAACAUGUGGGAUCGCAACAAUCCCUCUAGUAACCCAGGCAACAGCGGCCCACCUCCCAGUAAGAAUGGUGGAAUGAUUAUGCCCAACAAUAACAACAACAAUCACUCUGUCGGCCCUGGCAACAACAAUCACUCUGUCGGCCCUGGCAACAACAAUCACCAUCAUGCUCACCACAUGCACCACCAUCCCCAUCAUGGCCAUCCCCCAACUCACCUGCAGCACCAUGGAAACAACAAUGGGUCACCCAACAAUGGCGCUUCACACCCAGGUGCGGGCCCCCAGGGUAGACCCCCCCUCGCCAACUCAGGUUGGGGAGAGCUUCCCAAUGUUCAGCCCAAAUCGGAGCCUGCUUGGGGAGAACCAGCAACUCCAACAACUGUGGACAAUGGCACUUCUGCCUGGGGCAAGCCCCCAGGGGGUGUAGGAGGAUGGGGAGAUGGUGGCCACGAGCCCUCUGGACCUUAUGGCAGGGCCAACGGACCCCCGGGUCCUGCACCCUGCAAGCCAGGCCCCAAACCUAUGCAAGAUGGCUGGGGAAACGGAGGAGAGGAAAUGGGCAUGUCUAGCAGCCAAUGGGACACUGAGGAUGGGGACAUGUGGAACAGCCCCACCUCCCAGGAGAGCAGCUCUUCUUGCAAUUCCUGGGGCAAUGGACCCAAGAAGGGCCCGAGCAAGGUGAAGAUGGGCAACAAGCCAGACGAGGCCUGGAUCAUGAACCGUCUCAUCAAACAGCUCACUGACAUGGGUUUUCCGAGAGACCCUGCUGAGGAGGCUUUGAAGAGCAACAACAUGAACCUUGACCAGGCCAUGAGCGCCCUGUUGGAGAAGAAGACAGACCUGGACAAGCGUGGCAUGGGCAUGUCUGAUUACAGCAAUGGCCUGAACAAGCCCCUGGUGUGCCGGCCCUCUGCGCUCUCCAAAGACCCCUCCGACCGCAACACCUUUCUUGACAAGGAUGGUGUUCUGUCAGAUGACGCCCCCCCAUCACCGUUUCUGCCUUCCCCCAGCCUGAAGCUCCCCCUGGCCAACAGUAGCCUUCCUGGGCAGGGUCUGGGACAGGGCAACCCGGGGCUGGCCAUGCAAAACUUGAACAACAGACAGAUACCCAGUGGAAUGUUUGGCAGUAGUGGAGCAGCACAAACCCGGGCCAUGCAGCAGCAGCAGCAGCAGCAGCCUCCUCCUCAGCCACCAGUGCCACCUCUCAGCUCCUCCCAGCCUAGUCUACGUGCGCAAGUGCCUCAGUUUCUCUCCCCUCAGGUCCAAGCACAGCUCUUGCAGUUUGCAGCAAAAAACAUUGGUCUGAACCCUGCACUUUUAACCUCACCAAUAAACCCUCAACAAAUGACCCUGUUGUAUCAACUUCAGCAACUGCAAAUGGCGUACCAGCGUUUACAAAUCCAGCAGCAGAUGAUGCAGGCGCAACGCAAUGUUUCCGGCCCCAUUAGACAACAAGAGCAGCAAGUUGCACGUACAAUCACCAACAUGCAGCAGCAGAUCCAGCAGCACCAGCGUCAGCUGUACCAGGCGCUGCUGAUGAAGCAGCAGCAACUUCCCUCUCAUUCCUCCUCCUCUUCCUCCUCCGCUGGUCUGCAUCCCCCUGGUGGCCCAGCUGGAGGCCCUGGCUCCGGCAAAUCAACCCUGGACCCUUUCACAGGCCCACACCAGGCUCCGGGCCUCGCCGACACACUGCACACCAAAGAGCCGCCGUCUUCGCCCAACGCCUACAGCACCUACCCUCUCUCUGGACUGAAUCCAAACAUGAAUGUAAACUGCAUGGAGGUUGGGGGUCUGUCCCUGAAGGAGCCCCCUCAGCCCCAGUCCCGCCUGUCCCAGUGGACACACUCCAACUCCAUGGACAGCCUCUCUGGCAACUCCUCAAACAUGGAGAACAAUCUCAAUAAGCACGGUGCCAUAUCUGCUGCCUCUACCCUGGGCCCCCCUGGGAAGCCCCCCCAGCUGGAGGACUCAUACAGCCCAUACAAUCUGAUGUCCAGCUCUGAGUCCCCCACCAGCCCACUGGUGCCCCCAGACAGCUGGGGCCAGGGCAAGAGCCCCAACGAGAAGAUCUCCAAUGGGACCAACAUUAACUGGCCCCCAGAAUUCUGCCCAGGUGUGCCAUGGAAGGGCCUUCAGAACAUCGACCCUGAGAAUGACCCCAACAUGACCCCUGGCAGCGUCCCCAGCGGUCCCACCAUCAACACCAACAUCCAUGACGUCAACCGAUACCUGCUGAGGGACAGGAAUGGAGGUAAACUGUCUGACAUGAAGUCCACCUGGUCCCCAGGGCCUAUUUCCCAGAGCCAAGCCUCUCUCUCCCACGAGCUAUGGAAAGUCCCACAGGGGCCGCGCAGCACCACGGCCCCUUCCCGACCCCCACCAGGCCUCACCAACACCAAGCCCUCUUCCACCUGGGGUGGCAACUCUCUGGGCCUGGCCCAAGGCUGGAGUGGCUCCUACUCCUCUGAGGGAACCACCUGGAGUACUGACAACUCCAACAGGACCAGCAGCUGGCUGGUGCUGAGGAAUCUCACCCCACAGAUUGAUGGUUCAACUCUGCGGACCCUGUGCAUGCAGCACGGCCCCCUGAUCACAUUCCACCUCAACCUGACCCAGGGGAACGCCGUGGUGCGCUACAGCUCCAAGGACGAGGCCGCCAAGGCCCAGAAGUCUCUGCACAUGUGUGUGCUUGGAAACACCACCAUCCUGGCGGAGUUCGCCGGCGAGGAGGAGGUGAACCGCUUCUUUGCACAAGGCCAGUCGCUAGGGGCGAACACCACUAGUUGGCAGGCCAACCCAGGAACCAAUCAAAACCGGAUGGGCGGGGCAGCGCAGUCCCACUCAAUUGGCCAGUGGAGCAGCAGCGGAGGAGGAAAGGCCAGCGGAGGCGACCUGCUGUGGGGAGGGGUGCCCCAGUACUCCAGCCUGUGGGGACCGCCGAGCGGAGAAGACGCCCGCGUGAUCGGGAGCCCCACCCCCAUUAACACCCUGCUGCCUGGAGAUCUGCUGAGUGGGGAGUCCAUGUAGGAUGAUGCCACAAUACACUAACCAACCAAACCUGCCGCCACCGUGUCAUGUAAGCCAUCGGUGGAGGGUGGGAUGGAGGAGGAAAAAAAAAAAAAAAAAAAUU